AUGGACUUCGACAAAUCCCUCUUCGACGAAGUCAAACACACGACCAAGGUCAUAUUCAACGAUGCCGAAUACGAAGGCUUUGGUACCGGCAAGACGACCCGUGGCCAUCAGAGCUUUCAACUCGGUCAUGAAUUCAAUAUUAUCUUGAAAUGCAGCUCUCAGCAUCCAGAGAUCUGGCGGUGA